AGGGCAGCAGCUGAAUGGAAAGCCACUCACCAAAAAAAAAAGCCACUCACGUGAAGGCAAGAGUAGCUGAACGUUAUUAAAGAAAGAGACAAGGAGAAGCGGGAGAGAAACCGGAAAAGAGGGGGAGAGACUGAGAAACGGGAGAAAGGGAAGAAGCAAGCAAGGAGGAAGCUCUUCCACCAUUGAAGGCCCUUAUGCCUUCUUGUUCAUCCAAAAUCUGAUUAAUUCGCCUAUGUACAAUCCAAACUCAAGUUUUUCUGAUGAUGUGAGGCUAUCCGACAUCCAAGAGUAUUUGUCAAGAGGAGAACAAGAAACGACAACUCUAAGAAGCUUUGCAUAACCACUUCCUCCGUCAUUAUCACCAGAAACUUCAAGACCGAAUUCAUCAAAGGUUGAGACGCCUCUACCUUUACUAUAAUGGCUGAGCGUGCUAAUUUGGAACCUUCUUUGAGGGACCUUGUGGUACUGCAAGCAACCGUCCAACCAUCAUGCAUAAUUCAUUCAGAAAAUACAUUGGUCAACUCAAACUUUGAGUUGAAUCCAAAAGUGAUUCGCUCAUUGCCCAAGUUCUUCGGCAACCAUGAAGAUGAUCCUCAUAUGCAUAUCAAAGAGUUCUUUGAAGUCUGCUCAUUCAUGAAAAUUGAAGUAAUGAAUGAUGAGGAAAUAAGAAUGAGACUUUUCCCUUUCAGUUUGAAAGAUAGCGCAAAGGCGUGGUUUGAUUCCUUGCCACCCAACUCUAUCACAACUUGGGCAACCCUUACUUCAAGAUUUCUACAGAAAUUCUUUCCAGCUCAAAGAACAAGAAAAAUCGGGAUAGAGAUUGUGGAGAUUCAACAAUUAGAUGGAGAACCCUUUCACGAGUAUUGGGAGAGAUACAAAAAACUUCUAAAUUCUUGUCCAAAUCAUAACAUCCCAGAAUGGCUCUUAAUGCACUGCUUUUAUAAAGGCCUUCUUGAUUUAGACCGUACGAUUGUUGAUGCAACUUCAGGAGGUAGUCUCAUGAACAAGACUGUUGAGCAAGCUAGAGAAACGUUCGAGAAUGUUUCUAAUAAUUCUCUACACAAGUAUUGUGGGGAUUCAAGAAGAAAAAUCAGGAAAGAGAUUAUGGAGAUUCAACAAUUAGAUGGAGAACCCUUCCACGAGUAUUGGGAGAGAUACAAAAAACUUCUAAAUUCUGAUCUAGAUCAUAGCAUCCCAAAAUGGCUCUUAAUGCAAUGCUUUUAUGAAGGCCUUCUCUAUUCAGACCGUAUGAUGGUUGAUGCAACUUCAGAAGGCAGUUUCACGGACAAGACUCCUAAGCAAGCUAGAGAAAAGUUCGAGAAUGUUUCUAAUAAUUCUCUACACAAGUAUUGUGUGGAUUCAAAGAGAAAAAUCAAGAAAGAGAUUUUGGAGAUUCAACAAUUAGAUGGAGAACCCUUCCACGAGUAUUGGGAGAGAUACAAAAAGCUUCUAAAUUCUUAUCCAGAUCAUAACAUCCCAGAAUGGCACUUAAUGCACACCUUUUAUGAAGGCCUUCUCUAUUCAGACCGUAUGAUGGUUAAUGCAACUUCAGGAGGCAGUCUCAUGGACAAGACUCCUAAGCAAGCUAGAGAAACGUUCGAGAAUGUUUCUAAUAAUUCUCUACACAAGUAUUGUGUGGAUUCAAAGAGAAAAAUCAAGAAAGAGAUUUUGGAGAUUCAACAAUUAGAUGGAGAACCCUUCCACGAGUAUUGGGAGAGAUACAAAAAACUUCUAAAUUCUUAUCCAGAUCAUAACAUCCCAGAAUGGCACUUAAUGCACACUUUUUAUGAAGGCCUUCUCUAUUCAGACCGUAUGAUGGUUAAUGCAACUUCAGGAGGCAGUCUCAUGGACGAGACUCCUAAGCAAGCUAGAGAAACGUUUGAGAAAUUUUCUAAUAAUUCUCUACAGUUCAACUAUAGAAGGCCUCCACCUAAGAAAUCUGGAGUUUAUGAGGUAAGUACAUCUUCACAUUUGGAGGCUCAAAUUACUAAUUUGACUAAUUUGGUGAAACAAAUGAUGCAAGUAUCAUCCAAUGUGUGUGCCAUUUGCACUACACCAAGUCAUGUAAAUGAAGCUUGUCCUCAAGGUGCAGAACAACAGUCUUUUAAUGAUUUCAUGAUGGAGCAAGCCUACGUUGUUGGACCAUAUCAAAACAAUCAAAGGACCAUAUCAGAUGGAGCGACAACCAGAAUGUUCAACAGGGGCUAGCUCAACCAUACCAUCAACAAAAUCAUCAACCUCACGGUCAAGCUCAACCGUAUCAAGGUCAGAAUCCUACUCGUUCGCAUUAUGGUCAAUCUCAACAAUACAAUCGGGCCGGCCCAAGCCAAUCUCACCAGUAACCUUAUGAUUUCAAUAUUUCGCAUGCUCAUUUUCCUCACAGCGAUCAAGAACUUCAAGAAAGAUCAACAUCUCAAAGAAAAGUAUAGUCCGCCCGCCAAUGAGGCCAAUAUUUGUCAUUUCGACAAAUUCAAAACAAGUAUAGUGCUAAUUUUUCAAAGUGAGAAAGAGGAUAUUUGACCUGAACUAAUACUUUUUUUAAUCUCAAUUAUCAAUAUUGUUUUGUAUUGUUGUAAUCUCAAUGAUCAAUAUUGUUUUGUAUUGUUUCAUGCAUAUUAAAUCUUAGCCGGCAUAUUUGUGUGGUUUUAUUACUUGGCCUAGGUUUGGAGAAAUGAUAGAAUUCGAGCUUGAAACAUAAUUAACUCAUAUUUGUUGGUUUUACGAUUUUUUUGUUUUCUACCUCUUCCGUCGGUUUUCGGUGGCACUUCUGGAGUUGUGGAUGCUUUUAAAGUGCUUUUUGCACUCCUUGCUUGGAUUAUGGUAGCGCUCUUUGUAGUUUGGGUGGCUUGUCCACUACCAUUUUCUGUAUGUCCCUUUGGUUACCAGUUUCUCUUCGAUGGCCAUGGUCCUGUUCUGGUGUCGCAGCUGGUUGGUUUUGAGUGGUGCAGCAGGUCUAUUUCCCUUGCCUUCGGAUUUCCUUAGUCUGUUUUAGUUUAUGUUGCUUUUUGCGUUGUUUUGUGUCUUUUGUCUG